GACUUCCGGUCGUAGGAAUUAAUCGUUCUCGAAUAACGGUGAAUAUUUACUCCUCCCAUUGAAAAAACUUGGAAUACGACCGUUUCUGUUGUCAACUGUGUGGAAAAGAACAAGCAGUAUGCCUGUAUUUCAUACAAAAACCAUCGAGUCUAUAUUGGAACCUGUUGCCCAACAGGUCUCUCAACUUGUCAUCCUUCAUGAAGAGACAGAAGGUGGACUGGCCAUGCCAGAUCUCUCUGCUCCAGUGCAAGCUGUCAGUGCUGCAGUACAAAAUCUUGUGCUAGUUGGAAAACAAACUAUGGAAGACAGUAAAGAUGCAAUAUUGAAACAGGAAAUGCCACUAUCUUUCACCCGUGUUGAGGAAUCAUCGAUACUGUUGGUUGGGGCCACGCAAAUAUUUAAGAAUGAUCCCACAUCUGUAGAAGGACGAAAGAAAUUGCUCGAUGGAGCACGGGGGAUCCUUUCCGGUACAUCUGCAAUGCUCUUAACUUUUGACGAGGGCGAAGUUCGCAAGAUUGUGGCUGUCUGUCGCGGUGUCAUCAAAUAUCUCAGUCAGGUCGCCGAGCUCGUUGAUAGAAUGGAAGACUUGAUAACGUUUGUCAAGAACCUCAGUCCUGGCGUAACGAACAUGGCCAAACAAGUGGAAGCACGUGCCAAGGAACUCACGCAUGUUGCACACGCCGAGAUUUUGGAACAACGUGUUGCGAGCGUGAAGAAAAUAAUCCCCUCGCUAAUUUCUUCAAUUAAAGCGUUCGUGACAACAGGAGCAGGUUCUCCUGGACGUUCCGAAGCCAUGGCCAAUCGAAAUUACAUCGUCGAAAAGAUGUUUGCCGACAUUGAAGAAAUCAUCCGGGUCCUCCAGUUAACGACUUACGACGAAGAUGAAGGAGAUGAUCCGAUCAACGACAUGAAGAAAGCGGCUUCGAUUAUCAACAACAAAAUGGAGCUUGCUAAUUCGUGGCUCAAUGAUCCCAAUGCCGAUGCCGGAGGACUUGGUGAGUCGGCUGUCCGAAACAUCAUCAACCAAGGGCGCCAAGCUGCCGCAUCUGCCAUGGACCCGGAGAAAUCUCGUAUUGAGAAAGUUUGUAAUGAGCUUGAUAGACUCCUCGACGAAAUUGCCGCAAUGCGAAGAGCAGGAAAGGGCACAAGUCCGGAAGCACAAAGCCUAGCGAGGCAAAUUCAAGACAAGCUCGGUGUGCUACAAAAUGAUAUCGAGGACGCUAUUCAACAUCAGGCCAUCACGGGUGGGAAAAAACCCAACAUCACGUUUGCUGGCAAAAGAGAUCAGGUUCAGGAUUGGUUGCACAAUCCAUCUGGUGAUCCAUCCGGAUUAGCACAACAAGCAAUUGCACAAUGCGUGCAAGACGCAAGAAAUUUCGCAAAGGGUCUGAGAGGUCCUGAGAGAGAAGAGAUUUUGAAUCUUGCUGAUGAUGUUGAACGUUUGUCGAAAAGACUUGCUGAUCUUAAACGAGAAGGAAAGGGUAACUCUCCCGAAGCAAACGAAGUAGCUCGUCAACUGGAAGGCAAAUUGAACGAUUUGGAACAGGCUUUGCUACGCGCUGUUGCUAAACGCGUCGGUGAUGAUUUUGUGGAUGUUGAAGGGCCGCUUAAACAUCUCGAACGUGCUGCGAAAGCUCCUCUCGGUGCUCCAAAUCGCGACGCGGAGUUUUCCGAAAAAGCCGCAAAUUUCGUGGAACACGGGAAGAAACUCGCUGACACGGCCAGUCUCGUUGCAAACUUCGGCUCAUCAUCCGCCGACAAACAAUUGCUGGAUCAAAUCAAUGACGCAGGGCAAGAGGUUCGCCAGCUUACCCCUCAGGUCGCUCAUGCCGCCCGUGUACUCUUGAAUAACCCCAACAAUCCUAACGCACAAGAGCAUUUUGAUGAAAUGAAGAAGCAAUGGAGUGAUCGAGCCCAUUUACUCACAGAACUUGUGGAUCAGGGAACUGAUCGAGUUCAAUUCUUGGAGGCUUCAGAGGCUGCUAUUAAAAAAGAUAUUGAUGACCUCAAGGCUGCUGUCGAGGACCAUAAUCCACAGGAAGUUGCCGAGAAAACGUCAAGUGCCGCAAGAAGAGCAAAUCGCGUUGUCACCGUUGCUCAAAUGGAGCUUGAUAAUUCUGAGGAUCCACGAUACGUGGCGAUCUUGAGCAUUCCCUUGAAUGAUCUGGCAGACGAUAUAACGCCGUUCGUGAACGUUGCCAAAAAUGUUGCCACAAAUCCCAAUGAUGUUGAUGGCCGAAGGAAACUGUCGGAGUCUUCUCAAAAGAUCAAUGAUUCGGUCAGCAGUAUCCGUAAAGCCGUUGCUGAAAACACGAUGGGCGAACCGGAGCCCGAUUUCCCGCCUCCUCCACCGGAACUUGAAGAUAUCAUACAGGAUGUUCAAAAGGUCAAUUUUGCUGAAGAAGCCCCGGCUCCCCCCAGGCCACCUUCUCCUUCUGCAGAUGUAGUUCCACCUCGUCCACCACCACCUGCCGAAGCACCUAUGGAUGCCCAAGUCGUGGAGAUGUUCAGCGCCCCUGAAGAUAACAGGAUUGCGAUGGCUGCUCAUCAACUACACAGAGAGACAGUACGCUGGGAGGAACAAGGCAAUGAUUUAGUUGCAGCGGCUAAGAAACUCGCCGUGUUGUUUGCGAAGAUUGCACAAUUUAUGAGUGAAGACGAGGAUGGGAAAACACGUUCGAAGAAGGAGCUGAUUGAGUUGGCCAAGUUGAUUGCAAAGGAGAGCAAAGAAGUUGUAAAACUGUCAAGAGAAAUGGCAAAUAAAUGCACGGAUAAGUCUAUGAGGAAAAAUCUUCUCACCGUCAUAGAUCGCAUUCCAACAAUCAGUACGCAACUCAAGAUCGUGGCGACCGUUAAAGCCACCAUGAUUGGUGCUGAUGACGAUGCUGCUGACCAGGAGGCAACAGAAUCUUUAGUAGGUUGCGCGGAAAAUCUCAUGUCCGCUGUCCGUCAGACCGUGCGCGAAAGCGAGGGCGUUGGUGUGAAGAUACGAAGCGACUUAGUUCACGGUGUCAAGUUUGUUCGACGUCAAUGAAUCAACGAGAGACUUUAACAUGACGAACGAAAGUUGAUAUUUUUUUAUUAUGAAUAUUUUUCACCACUUGUUGUAGAAGGAUUGUGGUGAUUUUUUAACGGAAUAGUAUUGAAACAGCUGCAAGUUGUUAUUUUUGUGGAAGAUCUAACAUGUCUGCUGUUGCCUAACAUAGUAAAAACAGAGGGGAAAAAACAAUAUACAGAAUUUGAAUUAUA